CUGCAGACGCAGUACCACUCCGCUCCGGUGGGGGCGCGCAUGCGUGUGACGCCUGCCGGAUGAGGCUCUGCUGUGUGUUCUGUUUCUCAACAGCAGUGCGAAACUCCUUCACUUCCAUCGGUUUUUAAUGUACAUCUUCUUUUCAUUUGUGUGUUUAUCAUCACGGAUAUCACUCUGAUGUGAUAUAGUUGUUCUUAUGGAGGUGCGCGCAUGCGGUUUGGAUUAUUUACAUUGUUUUUCGAAGGCUUUGUAAUGAGGGGGUGAUGAUCAGAUGAUGGCGCCCACUAAGAUGAAGUUGCGUGUGAGGAAGAAAGACAGCGUUGGCAAAUCUUCUCAGCGUUUAUUGGCCAACGCGUCGCCAGACUCCAAAUGCCCCAUCUGCCUCGACGGCUUCAAUAACGUGGCGUCGCUGGACCGCUGCCUGCACCAGUUCUGCUUCCGCUGCAUCCACGAGUGGUCCAAAAACAAAGCGGAGUGUCCGCUGUGCAAGCAGCCGUUCCACUCCAUAUACCACUCGGUCAAAGGGGAAAAAGAUUUUAAGGAAUUUGUGGUGCCGCCGAUGGAGAAUGGAGCGGCGGCGAACGCCACAGCUAGCAACGCCCCCCAGCGCGUGCUACGCCCCCGAGCCCUUCGAGGCAGGGAGAGGCGGAGCCACAGAGCGCAACAACCCGUCCCUUCGUCUUCCCCACCGAUGGAGGACGUCAUGUUCGGCGGUCUCACGGACGCGGCGGCGCUAACGGAAAACCAAGACGUGCAGCAAAUGGUGCUACGACUGACGGCGCGCAGGCAAGGGCGGGGCGAGGGGCGGAGCCUGCGACGCCUACGGGACCAAGAUGUUGUCUCGUUCCGGCGUGCGCUUUACAGGACUGGCGUACGUGUGCGUAACACGAGAGACGUUGGUCGGCAGAGGGAUAUUUCAGCGUCGUUCUUACGGCAAAACCCUGGAUGUUUGCGGCGACUCUUGCCUUGGCUGCAACGCGAGCUCACGGUGUUGUACGGAUCGCACGGAUCGCUGGUGAACAUCGUGCAGAACAUCAUCAUCUCGCGCAUUAUGAACUAUAACAUGGAGGACUCGGCCAUUCGGGACGAGCUCCGCCCCUUCCUGUUAGCGCGCACUGACCACUUCCUGCACGAGCUGGUGAGUUUCGCUCGCUCCACCCUCAACAUGGAGACGUAUGACCAGCAGGCCAUUUACGACUGUCCUGCUCCCAGCUACGAGGAGGGCAGCAGCUCGGACCUUUCCGUUAUCGCCAUCUCUGAGGAUGAUGAUGAUGAUGAUAAUGAUAGUGAGGACAAUGUGACAGAGAAUCCCUCCGCUGUCCAGGAACACCUUGCCUCCGUUGCCAAUGCAAGUGGAGUGGAAAGUUUGCUGAGUCAGUCAGCGUGGGAUGACGAGACGCCUGGUCCCUCCUAUUCAACCCUUUUCCCCUCUUCUAGCCAAUCACAGGAUGAAGAGGCGGAGCCAAGCUCAAGCACAGCACCGCCUUACAGUGGCCCUGACUGCCCUGCAGCAAGUAGCAGCGUGUCAGCUGGACGGGGUGAAGAUAACGAAGAGGAAGAGUGCCUGAUUGUGGGAUACGUGAAGCCGAUGGCCGAAAGGACCCCAGAGCUUGUUCAGCUCUCGUCGGAUUCGUCUGAAGAGGAGCAGGAGGCAGCCGAUACGAAGACACCAACCACAGUAACGAAAUCUGAGACAUCCCAAAUGGAGCUCCCUUCGCAGUCCCAUAUGAACCUGCGUGUUCCUAGUUUAUCCCCAGGCCUCGCUCCCUCUUGCAGUCCCCAGCGGACACACUCGGAAUCACUCAGCAGAGAAAGAAAGACCGAUUACUUGUCCUGCCGUGCUCACCCGUCCAACGAUGGUUCAGAUUUACGGCAGAAUCGAGAUGACACUGAGCUCAUAGCGCACGAGAGGCGCAAAGACUCACAUCAGCGCUCAAUCAACAAAGAAAAAGCCAAGAGGUCAGAAAAAUCAUGGCACGACAAGACCCCAGAUUGCUCGCCAAUCCAAACACGUUCGCCUCCAAGUUGGUCCGGUCAGAGUCCAACGGUGUCUGUUUGGAGCGGCAGCCCUGUCUCUGGGUCAAACGGUAGCGACUGCUCUACCUCUCUAAACAACACGAGCCUAGAACAUUCGUGCCACGUGCGAGAGAAACUCUCACAGUCUCCUUCUUACUCCAGGAAGAGGAAAAUCAAGGAAAAUAAGAGCAGGUCUCCCGACUUGAACUCAUUCCUUAAUUCCCACCAUCCCAGAGAGUCACACCGCUGUCGUAAACGGCGCAAGCGAGCGAUCAGUAGCAGCAGCGCUGAUUCUCAAUCCGAAAGGUCUUGCCUGGACAAACCAAGUGGGAAACGCAAGUACAAAACCCGGCACUUGGAGCGAGCGGCCCAGCGGCUGCACGAGGAUGGAACUGCAACCAAGGAAAAGCGUCGUCGGCGGAGUAGGGAACGAUCUCCCAGUGUGGAGAUCAUCUAUGAAAGAAGGGCGCCCGAACCACAUUGGCACCAGCGGAAGAAGAAGAAGAAGAAGCACCGAAAGCGGAAGAGGGAACUCCGUUCACCCACUGUAAUCACGAUUGACAGCGACAGUGACCGUACCAUCGACUGUCUGGACCGUGUCAUGGAUAUUAUAGACCAAACCGCUGCAGAUGUUGAGCCGAGGGACGGGACUCCUGGGCAAGAUAUGAUCCAGAACUUGAGUUGUACCUUAGCCUCCUCAAAUCCUCAAUCCGAGUCCUCGAGUCCCGUAGCCGACCCAACCACUGAACGCACACUUAACCUGGACGACUAUGUAGUGGACGUAGUCGACCGCAGUAGUUCUGACUGCUCCCGAAAUCUGGAUGAGAGUAGCCAUGAAGAGUUUGUGCCCAACCCCUUCCCAAUGGCUUCGAUGUCACCAGCCCCACCUUCGGACACAAGACUGCUUGAAACUAUACUGCAAGAUCUUGAGGAAUUCCUACCAGAGGCGAGGACGAGUCCUUACGCAAGUUCUCACGUCCAACAGGAGCGAGCUUCUAUCCCUCGAAAAGACCAAUCAGACACAAGAGGAGUUACAGAAAACCUGGAGAAAAAGAACACGGACGGAGACGGGCCGCAAGAGGCGGUGACCGACAUUGCUAGCUAGGACUAAAACAGACGUACAUCAAGACUUUUCUUACUUGUAUAAUGCUUAUCUGAAUCACUGAGCCAGUCUAGAAGUUUUUAUAAUCUCAUUUAAAGAUUUCUGCUGGGAACAGAUGCUUAAGAAACAUUGUCAUUUCCAAUGUCAUUAUUAUUGUUCAUGUUGUUUAUAGUUGCAGUGAUCCUCUUCCUCGAAUCUGGUGCUUACUUGCUGUGCCACAACCCAACAACAGUCAUGUCUGGAAUCUGGAUCCUAACCCUUGUUCCCCUAACCUCUACUCUAACUCAAAUACAUUAGGGUUGCUAUCUAGACCAGUGGUUCUCCACUUGUUUGAUUAAGGUCCCAGAUUUGGUUUCAGAAGACACCAUGGCCUUUGAUCUGCUGAGCAAAAUAUAUGGGAAAAUGUACUAGCAAUCCAAAGUGGACUUGAUGAUAUGGUUAGUUGCAUGUUCUACUUUUUAACAGACCAGACAUCUGUUAUUGGGGCCAGACUCACUGGUUAAGAACCUCUGUUGAUCAUUAGUCAUUCAGUUCAACUGAACUUUGAGAGUUGUGUCUUUUUUAAACUCAGGGAACAGGUGACGUGCGCCUCCAUGCCUUCGUUACACAGUCUAUGUGCUUGUGUAUGUGGGACUAUGGUGACACCCUGGAGAUAUAAUUCACUGAUCAUCAUGUCUACUGAGCACACAACAAGCCUUCUUUACAGCUGUCCAUCAUGUCAGCCAACAAUCAAUAAAUGCAUUUAAUAGAUGUACAAUCCA